AUGUCAGCCGAUGUUAUGGAUGAACCUAUCGGCAAAAAACCUAAAUUAUCAACAAACGAUAUGGAGGAUAUAGAUGGCCUUGAUGAGUUAAAUCAGAUGCCAUCACUUCAAGAGAGUAACUCAUCGCACCAGAUAAAUGGUAAUAUGUCGUCUGAUAGUAGUAAUUCAAUGUCAAAUUAUAAUAAUAAUAAUAUGAAUUCUAUACAAUCCACAGCUCAAUCUUCAAGUGGAAGUGUAUUACAAGAUUUGUUAUUGAAUCCUACUCAUUCACAAAAUUCAAAUAACUCGCCACGUAAUUUCCAAGGAACUUUUCCAAAUAGGAGUCCUAUGCCAGGUCAGCCCUCAGUUAUAUCAACACCAGCAACAAAUUCUUCGUUACCCGGUCCACAUCAAACGGCUCCUAAUCGAGGAUUAGCAACAAUGAGACCUAAUGUUUCUGGAAAACCACCUAUGUUUGAUAAAAUGCAACAAAAUCCUCAUAUAUAUACUAAUCAGCCAAAUAUUCCUCAGGGUCCGGGUAGUUAUCCUUAUCCUGGUCAACAACCCAAUCAAAUGUAUAAUGGACAAAUGAGGCCCCCUAGUACGAUAGGUCCAAAUCAACAAAUGGUUGCUCCACAACAACGAAUGAUUAAUCCUACGAUUGCAGGACGUAAUCAGCGGAUAAACAAUCCUACUGGAAUGCGAGGUCAACCAUCUCCAGCACAUCAACAACCAAUGAUGGUUAAUAAUACAUCAAUGAUAAGGCAACCGAUGGCGACACACAUGAAUCCACAAUUACAUCCAUCUCAAUCAUAUCAACAUCAAAUAGCUAAUGAACAACGAGGACGUGUAGAAAGUUUUAAUAAUAACAUUACACAAACUAACUCUCAAAUUCCGGGUACCAGUCAUUUUCCGAAUAUGAAUAAUCAAACAAGACCGGCAUAUCCUGUAUCACAUCAUAUGCCAAUGAUGAGUAAUCAAAACAUUGAUAGAAAUAAAUCAAAUGUCCCAAUUCCUGGACAACAACCUCCUAUGAUGAUGCCUUCACAAGGCAUACCUAAUCAAACUUCUCAUGGGAAUUUGAUGCAUUCAAGGAUUGAACAAAAUCAACAAAUGGUUCAAAGGAAUGCUAUGGGUAAUAUUAUUAGUGGUACACAGGAUCCUGAAAAAAGGAAAUUAAUUCAACAGCAACUUGUUUUAUUACUUCAUGCUCAUAGGUGUGCUAGUCGAGAAAGAACUGCAACAGAACCCUUUAAUUGUGGAUUACCUCAUUGUAAAACAAUGAAAGAAGUUUUGUUACAUAUAAAUAAUUGUAGUCUUGGAAGUUUAUGCCAGUAUUCACAUUGUGCAUCAUCAAGGCAAAUAAUUACACACUGGAAAAAUUGUAAAAAAGAUUCAUGCCCUGUAUGUGCACCAUUACAAAGUAUUCAUAACUCAAUACCUCGACAAAAUACAUAUGAUCCUAUUAGCAAUGGCCCACAUAGUAUGUCAAGUUCAUUUGAGUCCCAUUUGAAAGGUUCUCAUUCUAAUUAUUCAGACAAUCUUUCUUAUCAACAGUCUUCGUCUAUUCCUAGUAAUGCUUCUUCAAGCGAGAAUGAUUUGCGUACAGAUUACUUUAGAUCUCCUAAUCCACCUAAUAAAGUUAUCAGUGGUCCUAACACUUCCGUUAAUGGAAAUAAUAAUGGAACUUCUUUAGGUUACAAAUAUCCUUCUAAUAUUAAUUUUCCCCCACCAGAAAGGCCUGCCAGAUCUUUAGAUUGGCAUCAAAAUAUUACAGACGAAUUAAGAAAUCAUUUGGUACAAAAAUUAGUAAAAGCCAUUUUUCCUCAACCAGAUUCAAAGGCAUAUCAAGAUAAAAUGUUAAUGGAUUUAAUUACAUAUGCAAGAAAAGUUGAAAAAGAAAUGUUUGAGAAUGCUAAAGACAAGGAAGAGUAUUAUCAUCUUUUAGCGGAAAAAAUUUAUAAAAUACAAAAAGAAUUAAAAGAAAAGAAAAAUAAACGUUUAAAUAUUGAAAAACAAGAUCCACAAAAUAAAAGUGAAGAGUGUGAUAAUUUCUCUCCUUUUCCUAAAGGAAAUAGUCCUAAUUGUCAAAAAAAUUCUGUACAAAAUGGAGGUUAUAAUUUACAAAUUGAAGUAAAACAAGAAAUAGAAGAAAAUAAAAUUGAAUCAAAAAAUAUAGUAGUACUUCCAACAGAACAAGGUAUUCAGGAAAUUAAAAGAGAUAUAGAACCUGGAACUUCUGGUGCCAUAAAAUCACCAGUACCAAAAGGAACAAUUUCACCACCAAAAGUAGUCAAAGAACCUGAAACAGUAAAAAAAGAACCUAAUGAAGAAAUAACUCAUCCUGUUGAUGAAAAGAUAUUUACUCAACAAGAAUUAGCUUCUGCUUUUAUACCUUUAAUGGAACAACUUGAAUCAACACCAGAAGGAUAUCCAUUUAAAGAUCCUGUAGAUCCUGAACUUUUAGGAAUACCUGAUUAUUUUGAUGUUGUUAAACGACCAAUGGAUUUUUAUACAAUAAAGAAAAAAUUAAAUGAGGGUAACUAUAAAACACCAUGGGAUGUUGUUGAUGAUGUUUGGUUAAUGUGUGAAAAUGCAUGGUUAUAUAAUAAGAAAAAUUCUAAAGUUCACAAAUGUUGUACAAAAAUAAAUGAGUAUUUUGUUAAAUGGGUUGAACCAAUAAUGAAAGAUCUAGGAUAUUGCUGUGGUAAUAAAUUAACUUUUACACCAUUGGCGCUAUUUUGUAAUGGUACAUCAAUGUGUGUUAUUGGUAGAGAUCAACCAUAUUACUUAUUCGAAGCAGAUUCAAGUCAAUUUGGUGUUACUGUAUCAGACAAAUAUAUUUAUUGUGUUAAAUGUUAUGAAGCCUUACCUGAGGAAGGAAUAAAUUUAAGUGAUAGUCCUAAUGAAAAAAGAAUGGCUCCAAAGAAGAGCUUUCAAUUAAUGAAAAAUGAUCAAUUAGAUAAUGAACCAUUUGAAAAUUGUAAAAUAUGUAAAAGAAAAUGGCAUAAAAUUUGUGCUUUAUAUAAUAAAAAGAUUUUUGCAGAAGGUUUUAUUUGUGAAACAUGUAGAUGUGAAAAACUUAUUCCAAAAUCUGAAAAUAAAUUUACUGCAAAAAAAUUACCACAUUGUCAUUUAUCACGAUUUAUUGAAGAUAGAGUUAAUAUAUUUAUGAAUAAAAAUGGUGGAAUUGAAGCACAAGAUUAUGAAGUUGUCAUUCGUGUAUUAGCUGUUCAAGAUAAAGAAGUCGAAGUUAAACCACAUAUGAAAGAAAGAUAUGGAAAGCAGGGAUUCCCGGAAAAGUUUCCUUAUAGAACAAAAGCAAUAUUUGCUUUUGAAGUUGUAGAUGGUGUAGAGGUUUGUUUCUUUGGUCUUCAUGUUCAAGAAUAUGGUUCAAAUUGUCCUCCUCCAAAUAAGAGACGUGUUUACAUUGCCUACUUAGAUUCAGUUCAUUUUUUCCAACCAAGACAUUUAAGAACAGAUGUUUAUCAUGAAAUUCUUCUAGCAUAUCUAGAUUAUGUCAAAGAUUUAGGAUAUACAAUGGCUCAUAUUUGGGCUUGCCCACCAUCUGAAGGUGACGACUACAUAUUUCAUUGUCAUCCACCAGAACAAAAAAUUCCAAAACCAAAGAGAUUACAAGAUUGGUAUAAAAAAAUGUUAGAUAAAGGUUUACGAGAUAAAGUAGUAUCUGAAUAUAAAGAUAUUUAUAAGCAAGCUAAAGACGAUAAUUUAAAUACACCUAUGGCUUUACCAUAUUUUGAAGGUGAUUUUUGGCCAAAUGUUAUUGAAGAUUGUAUUAAAGAAGUAGAAAAAGAAGAAAAUGAACGUAGGAAAUUGGAAGCAGAACAAAAUGAAGAGGAUGAUGAGGAUGAAAGUAUUGCUAUAAAUGAUAUUUCUAAGAAUAAGAAAACUGCUAAGAACAGUAAAAAGAAAGGUGCCUCAAAAAAAGCCUCUGCAAGAAACCGCAAAAAAGGUCCAAAUUCUACAGGUAAUGAGGAAGCUGACAAAUUAUUAGGUGUUCUUGAGAAACAUAAAGAAGUUUUCUUUACAAUAAGAUUAGCGACAAAAAGUGAUAAAGAUGGAACAUUAAAAGAAAUUAAAGAUCCAGAUGAUUUAAUGCCAAGUGAUCUCAUGGAUGGUCGUGAUACUUUUCUUAACAAGGCUCGUGAAGAACACUGGGAAUUUUCAUCAUUACGUCGUGCAAAAUAUUCUACUAUUUGUUUCAGUUAUGCGCUUCAUGUACAGUCUAAAGAUCUCGGAUACACAUGUAAUAUUUGUCAAGAAAAGGCAAAUCUACAUUGUAACAAAUGUGAUGACUUUGAUUUAUGUACUAAUUGUAAUAAUAAAAAUCCACAUGAACAUCCUAUGGAAAAACUUGAUUCUGAUCUCAUGUCUGAUGAUAUUAAAAAUAAUGAAAGUGGUAAUUCACGUCAUGAAUCUGUUCAAAGAUGUAUUAGAUCUUUGGUUCAUGCUUGUCAAUGUAGAGAAUCUAAUUGCCGUCGUCCUACUUGUCAAAAGAUGCGUAAAGUUGUUAAUCAUACCAAGACUUGCAAGAAACGUCACAAUGCUAGUUGUUCUGUUUGUAAACAAUUAAUUGCUUUAUGCUGUUACCAUGCAAAACAUUGUAAUACCAAUAAUUGUCCAGUGCCAUUCUGUACGAAUAUUCGUGCUAAAUUGCAAGAACAAAAGAGAAGUCUUACAAGAAGAGCUGAUAUGAUGAUGAGAAGAAGAAUGGAACAAUUACACGGUGGAUCUCAAACGUCAAAUACCUCAGGGAGUGCUUCUUCUGAGAAUUCUGUUCAACCUAGUACUCCUGCUAGUGCUUGUACUGAUAAAGGAAAUGACAAAGGAAUACGUAAUUCAAAAUUUGCUGAAUCAACUACAUUGGGAUCUAGCGUUAAUAAUAACUCAAGUAAUGUUGGGUCAUCAACAAUUUCUAAUUUCCAUGAAUCAACUAGUACAUCAACUUUUAAUACUAUUCAAUCUCAACAAAAUACUAGUAAUCAAAAUCAAUAUAUUCAAAAGGGAGGAAAUAAUCAAUAUGUUAAUGUCUCUUCUAAUCAAAUUUCCAAUCAAUAUGGAACUCAAAUAAAUAACACCAUGCAAAUGGGAGGUAAUCAAACACGUCCUCCUAGUUCUGUAAAUAGUACAAUCUCAUCAUUAAGUAGACCUGGAAGUCAACCUGGAUCAGUUCAAUCAAAUGCACCUCCAAAUUACCAUCAACAAAGGCAAAUGCAACAAAGUGGGCAUCAAGAAUAUAUACGUGCUCCUCCAAGUCAAUCAUCAUAUAACCAACAACAACAACAACAGCAACCACCUCAGUCGAUGAUUCAAAGAACAUUGCAUAAUCAAGGUAAUAUUAAUCCUUUACCUAAUGUACAAAGUGAACAACAGCAUAUGAUCCAAAGACAAGGUCAAAAUCCAAUGCAACAAUCAAGUGUGUAUUCACAUACUCAACAAUCAAUGGCUAUUCAUGAAAGGCUACAAAAAUCAAAAACAGCAAAAGAUAAAGAAGAAGUUUACAAUGAAAUGAAAAGUCAUCCAACUGUACUGAAUAGUUUCUUAAAUUAUUCUGACCAACAAAAACAACAUCCUUCAAUGCAUGAAAGACCAAUAAAUCCUAUGCUUGCACAACAACAAAUGAUUCAUAGAGGUACUGGCAAUCAAUGGCAACAAGGAAAUCCACAACAACAAGCAUAUAUGAUUAAUGGACCUAAUCAACAAAGAGCAACCAAUCAACAGAAUCAAUUUAAUCCAAAUUUAAAUAAUCCUCAAGGAGAUGUAUUAAGAAAACAUUUUGAGCAUGUUAAAAAGUACUUGUUUUAA